AUCAUGGAGCUAAGCGCAGCCACGCUCGUCUCCAUCGCCCUCAUCUCGCUGGCAAUUGUCGUGUUCGUGCUUAGCAACAGUAGCAGCUCCAAGCAGAGGCGGCCUCCUGGUCCGAGGUGCCUCCCCUUCAUCGGGAGCCUUCUCCACCUCCUCACGUCGGAGCCGCAGGUCGCCCUCCGGGACCUGGCGAAGAAACACGGCCCCGUGAUGUACCUGCGGCUGGGCCACAUCGACACCGUCGUCAUCUCCUCGCCGGAGGCGGCGCAGGAGGUUCUCCGCGACAGCUCCCUCGCCUUCGCGUCGCGGCCCAGCAUCGUGUCCACGGAGAUCAUGUGCUACGGGAGCACCGACAUCGCCUUCGCCCCGCACGGCGCGUACUGGAGGACGCUGCGCAAGAUCUGCACGGUUGAGCUCCUCAGCCCGCGCAAGGUGAAGCAGUUCGCGCCCAUCCGGAACAGCGAGACCCUUUCCCUCGUACGAAACAUCCGCGACGCAGCCGCCAGAGGUGGCGGCCAGCCGGUCAACAUUGGCAGGCUGCUCGUGUUGUGCACGAACUCGAUCACCGCCAAGGCUACGUUCGGGGUAGAGUGCGGCGCCGAGCUCCAGGAGCAGUUCUUGUCCGCGAUGGUUGUCACACUAGAGUUCAGCGGGGGCGUCUGCGUGGGGGACCUCUUCCCGUCCCUCUGGUUCGUGGAUGCCGUCACCGGGCUGAGGCGCCGGCUCUGGCGAGCGCGAAGAAACCUCGACGUCGUGUUUGGGAAGAUAAUAGAGGGGUGCGAGGCGCGGCGAGAGGAGAAGAAGUACAAGACAGGAACGGCGAGCGGAGACGAUGACCUCCUAACACUCAUGCUUAGGAUCCGAGACGAGGGGGAGCUCGAGUUCCCCAUCACCACAGAAAACAUCAAAGCAAUUAUAGUGGAUUUAUUCACGGCGGGGACGGAGACGACGUCGUCCAGCGCGGAGUGGCUCAUGUCGGAGCUCAUGCGAAACCCGGAGGUGAUGGUGAAGGCGCAGGCUGAGGUGCGACGAGUAUUCGACAACAAGCCGCCACAGGAGCACGAGAGCCUCCUGGAGGAGUUGCCCUACAUGAGGAUGAUGGUCAAAGAGGGCAUGAGGCUGCAUCCGGUGCUGCCACUCCUGCUCCCCCGUUUAUGUGGUGAGACCUGCAACGUUGGGGGAUUCGAGGUCGCCAAAGGCUCCAGGGUAAUGGUUAACGCGUGGGCGAUAGCAAGGAGCCCCGAUCAUUGGCAAGACGCUGACAAGUUCAUGCCAGAGAGAUUUCAGGAUAGUACGGUGGACUACAAAGGCACGCAGUAUGAGUUCUUGCCGUUCGGGAGCGGCCGGAGGAUGUGCCCCGGCGGCAACUUCGGAGUUGCCGUGCUGGAGCUUAUCGUGGCCCGUCUUCUAUACUACUUUGACUGGAGCCUCCCCUCCGGCAUGGAGCCUGGUGACCUCAACAUGGACAUGAUUGUCAGCGCCACGUCCAGGAGAAAGAACCAGCUGCAUCUGGUGGCGCUGCCACGUAAGGUUCAGAUGGACACAUGA